ACGCUCUAUCAUUUUGUUAUUGAAUCUUUUUGUAAAAUUUAAAAUGGAAAAAAUGACGUGUGAUGGAAUUUGUGUUUGUUUCGAACGUUCGUCGUAUUAUUAAAACCGCCAAAUAAUUCGAAUUUAUAAAUUUUUCAAAAAUAUCUAUCGCCGGAACCGUCGAAUAAAUCGGAUGGAAGAUGCCCGUCGAUAUAAUUAUAUCGGUAACGGGCGUUAAAUACACCAACGGAGACGGAUAUUAUUUCCGUUUAUCGCAAAAACUCCAUAACAAAUUGUACUUGAACUGUCAAGUAAGAAGUUGCCGAGUCAGAGGAAAUGUUUGCGCCAAUUUCACUAAAAAUGACAGGAUCAAGUACAAAGGAACCCAUAACCAUCCACCGGAUCAUUUCGAAGCUGAAUUUUGCGAAUUGGAAAGACGUAUUUUGGAAAGAAGUGCUAACGAAGUCGUCCCUCUGAGGAGAAUAUUUCUCGAAGAAACGACUGGAGCAUCCCCUCGAGCAGUGACUCGAUUAAAUUAUCCUAGUUUUUUAAGACGUAUGCAGAGAAGAAGGCAGUUCACUAAACGAAAAAUACCCAAGUCUUUGGCUGAUUUCUCUAAAUUGAUGCAAUCGCCGGAUUUUUCCGAAUUUUCUAACAUCAAUGGUCAACCUUUUUUCAUCGAUGCGAUCGGAAAUCAUUCUAUUUUGUAUUUAUCGCCGAUUAUGAGAGAAUUAUUGAGUUCGGAUGAUCAGACAUUUUCUAUUUACCAGUUCAAAAAAUUCGUUUGCCAGACUCUGAAGCAGAUACUCAUCGUGGUGAAAAUUAUUAGCAAUGUGGCGUACCCUAUUGCUUACGUUGGCAUGCAAUUGAAAUCAAAAACAGCCUACAGCGAAGUUUUCCAAAAAAUCCACGAAGAAGAACCUCUGUGGAACCCUACCACUUUAUACACCGGUACCGAUGAAGGUCUAGUGUCUGCUAUACAAGAUGUUUUUCCUAAUUGCGACAUCGUCAAUUGUUGGUUCCAUUUCGCUCAGGAAAUGAGAAAGGAGAUGAGAAAUUUAGACUUGAUUAACCUGCUUCACGCCGAGUUACCGUUUUACUCUUGUAUUCAAAUGAUACAAGUUUUACCUUUGUUACCCCCUGAGAAGCUUAUAGAUGGAUUGGAUGCUGUGAAAGAUAGGCUGGCUCCGUAUAUGGGUGUUCCAGGAGUGGUACCGUUGCUAGAAUAUAUUCAAAAUUGUUGGUUCAGUGGACCUAUAGCUGAGCAGGUUUCCCUCGACAGUGAUCCGAGCCGGUCCAACAUCGAAUUGAAGCUGCUCAAUAAACAAUUGAUGCAUUCUAUUCGUGGUAACACUCGUCAAGAUGCUAUCUGGUCUUUCACGAGAAGUUUGAUAAUCAUCGAGAAAAAAUACUCGGACGCAUUUAUGGAACUGCAGCAACGUGGAGCACCUCCCAAAUGGACCGGUAACUGCUCGUUUAAAAAUCACGAGAAAAAAAUACGUAAUUCUGUGGCACGAUACAGUACCAAUAAAUACGCUUUCGAUAAAUACCUCGAAGAAAUCACUCGUACAACGAUGACUGCUGCUUUGGAUUUCAACGACGAUGGUGAUAUCGAAUUCGCCGACGAUAAUUCGGAUCAGUACGAAAUGCAUGAUAUCGAAUACGACGAAGACGAUCCGCAAGCUUAUGAUCUCGAUUACGGCGAUAAUUCAGAAGUGAAAUCGGAAUACGUUCAUAAUGACGAUUCUAUCGAUUUCGACGACUUCAUUGUCGAAGAAGUAGAAGAACAAGAGUACUCGGAAACUGAAAGCGUCGAAGAAUCAUUGGAACCCGAUUUAUCGCCAGACUUCGUACAAUGUGAAUCAAUCGAGAACGUUAUAAAAGAAGAAAAACCUGAUGAAAAAACCAACGAGCCAAUCUCCAAACCGAAAGUAUUACUGGUAUUCAGUUCAGAUACUUCGGCUCCAGUAGAAAUCGAAGAUACAGAAUCAGAACCUCCUCUGCAUUGUUGUCUCACCUGUAAGAAAAAAGUCUACACUCACGCGUGCCAACCUUGCGGUCACAUGUGUUUAUGCGAGUCCUGUGGUAGUCAUUUUGUAAAUAAAAAAUGCCCCGUAUGUAGCAAGACCACGAUGUGGGUCCAACGGAUAUUUUUAUCGCAUCCUUUGAAAUGAACCAACUCGAUAUUCCUCCCCCUUGUGUUUUUUUUUCGAAGUUUCGCAACACUGCUGUUUUCAAUUUUUAAGUUAUUGAAUAAUUAUAUUAUGAAAUGUUUUUUUGUAAAUACAUUUGUCUUGUUAAAGAAA